AUGUCUACCCUUCAUCGAUUCUUUACUGCGCGAGAAAAGGGGCUUGUAAAAAAGUCCUCUGAGAGAAGCCCGACUGCUACAGUCCCAACUAAAACCUUUCACGUAGCAGUACAAGGCUGCUGCCAUGGUGAGCUCAACCGUAUUUACGCCGCUUGUCAUGAUCAUGAGCAGCAAACGGGUAAAAAGAUUGAUCUCUUAAUUUGCUGUGGUGAUUUUCAGUGCGUACGCAACGAAGCGGAUAUGAAAAGCAUGGCAGUCCCUGAUAAGUACAAAACUGUUGGGGAUUUCGUUUUGUACUACAUGGAUCCUUCCGCUACCGCGCCUCAAGUGACAACAAACGAAAACGCAAGUAAGCAGCAACGUCAAGGACAGAGUUUUCGACAGUACCGUCAAGCACCCUAUUUGACGAUUUUUAUCGGAGGGAAUCACGAAAACUCUGAUUGGCUUGCUGAAGAAAGCUACGGAGGGUUUGUGGCGCCAAACAUUUAUUAUUUAGGUCACUCAGGUGUUAUUGUCGUAGAUGGUAUACUCUGUAUAGCUGGCCUAAGCGGUAUCUUUAAGGACAUGGACUACCAUCACUCAUAUCCCUCUCGACCGUAUUGGAGUCAGGAAUCCGCUAAGCGCUCUGCGUAUCACGUUCGCCGCAUUGAAGUUGAAAAGCUUCAAGCUUUUAUUAGUAUACUACGCAAAGAGAGGGAGUUGAGGAAGAAUCCACCCCAAAACGUGAUGGUUCAAUCGAAACCUCAGGAUGCCGACACGACAAACGUAGAAAACAACACCUCUUCAGGCGUAAACUUCGCUUUUACAAGGUCCUCCUACCCACUGAAGGUGGAUGUGAUGCUCUCGCAUGACUGGCCAGCAGGCAUAACAAAGUACGGAGAUGAGGCCCAAUUGCUUCGCUAUAAACCCUACUUUAAAGACGAAGUAAUGCGCAACGUGCUUGGUAACCCGCACACCUUGGAAUUGCUACGACUCGCACAACCCCAGCACUGGUUUGCAGCGCAUCUGCACUGCUUUUUCCAAGCAAAAGUCCCACACCGUGAUAAUCUAUCCAAUGGCUCUGGGAAUGUCGUCUUCACCAACUUUACGGCACUGGAUAAGUGCAGCAAGGGAAAAGGCUUUAUUGACUUCUUUGAUAUAUCGGUUUCGCGCGUGCACGAUGGAGGGGAGGGUGAAGUGGCGUGGGAUGCAUCUAGUCCUAUUUCCUCCCCUUAUGUGGAAAAAUUAAAGACCAAAUCCCCUGACUUCGCGGGGAAGCACCGUAUUCAACGCCAUCCUCUGUGGGUGGAGGUCCUUAAAGCCUCACAUCCCCAUGUAAGCCGCAAUAGGUGUGGUUCAACUUCGUGCCGUAAUCCUCCAGGGGAUCCACCCACCGCACUCGACCCUUCUCAAAGUGUUUUUUUUGAUCUGAACAAAUUUAUUGAGGAUUGGAACCAUCAAGAAAAAAAUUUUAAGGAACACCAAGAAGUGGAAUCGAAAAACGUAGAAACAAUUUUAGGAGCCCCUACAACAUCUGCUCUUUUGUCUGCACUUCAUCUCCAUCCUGCAGAGCCCCUACAGGUUCACACUGUACCAGGUGCCUUCAACCCUCCUUUUAGCACAGUGACAUCCGCAGCAAUGGUGAUGAGAGGUUUUAAAAGGGAAAGGAUAGAAAGCGACGCGUGGGAUCUAAAUAAAGCUGAUCACGCAGAGGUAUCUAUGGGUAAUGCCCUAACCUGGGAUGAAGAUCUUUGUCCUAGCUAA